AGAGCGCCGCUCUGCGCAUGCUCAGCUCUGGAGUUUAGGGUGGGAGAGUUAGCCGUUAGCACUGUGAGCUAACCAGCCGGAGUGUGUAAUGGCGGCCUCGGUGUUGCUGGGGUCUGUGGACAACACCGGACUCAACUUCACGGUCGGAGGCGGCAGCAGCAGCGGCGGCGGCUCCGGGAAUGUUUUAGUCGGGAAUAAUAACGGACUGGGGCCGGCGGGUCCGGCGCCCUGGAACCGUUCUCUGGACCGGGCGCUGGACGAAGCCUCGGCCACCGGGUGCCUGAACAUCAGCGGCAGGAAGCUGAAGGAGUUUCCCCGGAGCGCCGCCAACCACGACCUGACGGACACCACCAGGGCCGACCUGUCUCGUAACCGCCUGUCGGAGCUUCCUCUGGAGGUUUGUCUGUUUGUGUCUCUGGAGAGUCUGAACCUGUACCAGAACUGUCUGAGGUCUCUGCCAGACAGUCUGCUCAACCUGCAGGCCCUCACCUACCUGAACCUCAGUCGGAACCAGCUGUCUGUCCUCCCAGUAGUCGUCUGCAGUCUUCCUCUGAAGGUUUUGAUAGCUUGCAACAACAAGCUGGUUUCUCUGCCGGAGGAAGUGGGACAGCUGAGACACCUCACUGAACUGGAUGUGAGCUGUAAUGAGAUCCAGACUCUACCGUCUCAGGUGGGUCAGCUGGAGGCUCUACGAGACCUGAACAUCAGGAGGAACCACCUGGUCCGACUGCCUCCAGAGUUGGCAGAUCUCCCUCUGGUGCGUCUGGACUUCUCCUGUAACAAAGUGACGUCCAUCCCCGUCUGUUACCGCCAACUCACACAGCUGCAGACCAUCGUCCUCGACAACAACCCUCUGCAGACCCCACCUGCACAGAUCUGCAUUAAAGGGAAGAUCCACAUAUUUAAGUAUCUGAACCUGGAGGCCAGCAAGACGACGCCGGACCUCCCAGACUACGACAGACGACCUUUGACCUUCAGCUCCUGUGUUGACGAGCUGUACCCCGGGCGUCCGUACGGAGCGCUGGAUUCUGGCUUCAACAGCGUCGACAGCGGAGACAAGAGAUGGUCAGGGAACGAGCCUACAGAGGAGCUGUCGGAGUUACCGCUGAGAGUGGCCGAGAUCAGCAGAGAUCAGAGGCAGAGAGGAGGAGGAGGAGGAGGAGGAGGACCUCUGCUGGCUAACGGCACAUGUGUGGAGUUGGAGCAGAUAGACUUCAUAGACAGCUGUGUGGGGGAGGAGGAGGAGGAGGAGGGGAGGAGUCGAGGCAGAGGAGGAGGAGGAGGAGGAGGAGGAGGAGGGGACAGCGCCAGCCUGAGCUCUCAGUUCAUGGCCUACAUCGAGAGACGCAUCACCAGAGAGGGUUCUCCAGUAAAAACCAACAUGACCAGGACAGAAGACACGAGGAGACACCACCGGAGCGUGGUUGAUGGUGUCACAGCGCCCUCUAGCUCCCAGAGCCAGAGAGGUGCUGCUGGUCCAGGGGGGGUGGAGAGGAUGAGGAGGGAGGCUCAGCUCGCUGCUCUGAGGUACGACGAGGAGAGACAGAAGAAUCGUUCUCUGCAGAGAGACUCGGCCACCAGCUACACCAAGCAUAAAGCAGCUCAGAGUCCAACAAAGUCCAGUCCAGACAGCGAGACCGUCUGCCCCUCCAGACGCUCCACCCACACAGAUGACUCCGCCCUCUUCAUGUUAGUGACUGAAGUGUCUGUAGACAGCAGUCGUUCUCACGCUUCUAGCUCCACCUCCUGUCUGCUGCAGGGGGAGGACAGAGCUGCUCUGUCUCCUACAGCCAAUCAGUCGCCUUCUUACCCCAGCUCAGGGGGCGUGGCCUCCUGUCGGACAGCCAGUCUGAGACCAGAGAGCUUCCUGUUUCGUCUCGGCCAAAAAGAAGAGAAGAGGAAAGGUGAUGCUGCUGCUGCUCCUCAGAACCAGGAGGAGGCUCCUGCUGCUCCUCCUCUGGUUGGAGAAGAUGCUGAGCUGGUGGAGCAGCUCCGAAAGAAUAUCGAGGCUCGUCUGAAGGUGUCGUUACCUAGCGACCUGGGAGCAGCUCUGACAGACGGGGUGGUGCUCUGUCACUUGGCCAAUCACGUGAGACCACGCUCCGUCCCCAGCAUCCACGUCCCCUCCCCCGCUGUGCCUAAACUCACCAUGGCCAAAUGUCGACGAAACGUUGAGAACUUCCUGGAGGCGUGUCGCAGGAUCGGUGUUCCACAGGACAGUCUUUGUUCAGUGGGGGAGGUCCUGGAGGGGAACGGAGGUGGGGUUUAUGGGACAGUGGGUGUGUUGCUCUCAAUGGCCCCGCCUCCGAUCAGCCCCUCCCCCCGGGUCCAGCUGGCAGGCUUCGCCCUCUUCUACAUGUCCGUCAUGUCGGUGCUGUGCGCCAUCUACGUACACCUGGCACCGCACGUCUGAACCCAACCUGAGCACAAGCUGUCUUACCAGAUACCGCACAGACAGCACAUACAAGGAUAAGACAAAUGUGUCAAAGGUGGUCACAUCCCAACAGACAUCUGAUGAUUUUGUUUCACUAAUGUCCUCCCCAAAAAUAUCUCAGUAAUGAAAUAAGGUUCACAGCACAAAAUUUAAAGUUAUAGUUCUGUGUUUAGUCUUGUUUAGCACCAAACUGGGGAAACACCUAGCUCGGCUCUGUAUAUCAUCCAUCCAUUUUCUGCCACUUACCCGGGUCCAGGUCGCGAUGGCAGCAGGAUAAGUCAGACAGCCCAUUGACCAUCCGACAAGCGUUUAUGAUGGCGUAUACUGGCCCCUUAAUCCCUCCUUCAUGUUCUGGGACUUGCCUGGAAUACCCAUCCAGGGGGCAUCCUGGUCAGAUGCCCAAACCAUCUCAACUGACUGCUUUCAACAGAAAGGAGCAGCAGUUCUUCUCCGAGUUCCUGCUGCAUGUCGGAGGUUCUCACCCUAUCUCUGAGGCUGAGCCCAGACACCCUGCCAAGGAAACUCAUUUCGACCACUUGUAUCCAGAAUCUUAUUCUUUGAGGAGGAGAGUUGGAGCAGCUUUUCUGGGUGUCGGAUCGAAGCCAGACUGCAAAGGAAACUCUAAUUUCGACCACUUGUAUCCUUGGAUUACUGGGAUCUCAUUCUUUUGAUCAGUACUUGUAGCUCAUAGGUUAUAGAGCAACCACAACAGUCCGGUAAAAGGCCUGCAUCACUGCUGAUGCGGCACCAGUCUCCUGGGACAUGUUACCCUCACUCCUGGACAAGACCAUGGCUCCACAACACACUUGAAUUUCUUCACUUGGGGCAGUAAGUCUCUCCCAACCUGAGAGGAGGAGAGGACCAUGGCCUCAGAGGCUGAAACUCUGCUGUCUGAAGACAGGAGUUUGGUGAUUGAACUGCCAACCUUGUGAUGAGCGGGUGACCUGCUCGGCGUUCUGAGGCACAGCUUGGUGUUGAGGUCCUUGACGGCUGUUUCCCUGGUUGGGCAAACACCAGAGCCAGUCAGAGCUUUAUAGGCAGGGUUAAGAAUGGGGACAUCAUCUUCUUGUGCCGAAACCAGAAAAAUGGCCACAAAUAUCAUGACAAGCGUGGAUGUGUAGACUCAGCUGUACAGGUCGUUGUGCUGCCAGGAUCAGACUACAGGACAGUCACUCAGAUUAGGCGAUCAGAGAGUCAAAUUCUUGCUGUGAGCUGUUGGAGAGACAUGGCAGAUGUGUUGGACUGAGGCCAAUGACAUUAACAGAACAGAUAUGUCAGUCACCUACAGGUUGUACCUGUACAGAUCAAGUGAAAAGUCUCUCAGAUCCAGGUUACAGUUUCAGCUCUUUCAGAGUAGCGCCUCGACGUCUUCUUCAGACAUGUUGUCAUAGUUUAAGUUUCCUUUGUUGGGUGGAAUUCUCUGAAACACACUAGGCAAUAUGAUCGGGGUUCGCUAGCAUUUUAUUGGAUCUGAAUCCUGUAUCGUAUCCACUUCUCAAAUCCAAAUCUGAUCAAUUUUCUUAUUGAGUCUAACAAUGUUCAGCUUUCAAUGUUUGUAAUAAUUUUGUAUUGAUGAUAACAGGGAUCAUUUACAAAUCAAAUCACUUGAGCCUUUAAAGUCCUAAAAUCCCUGAUGUCUAAACUCCAGAGGUGUGGACUCGAAUCACAUGACUUGGACUCGGGCCACGAGUCUGACAUUAGACCUGACAAAAGACUUGCAACUCAACUUUGACUUGAACGCCAGUGACUCGUGACCUCACUCCUUAGCCUUUUGACUUGGGACCUUCUCAAUUUUCCUGACAACAGAUAUACUUUGAGUCAGUCAAUCUUUUUUUAGUUAAGACCAGCAGACAACAAAUAAUGACUUGUUUUGUACUUGAAGCACAAAGUUUAAGCACAAAGGACUUGGUGGUCUUGACUUAGGAGUUGGUCUUUACCUGGAACUUGUUGGUCUUGACUUGCUCUUGACUUGGGACCUUUUAGCCUUGACUGGACUUGUUGGUCUUGACUCAGGACUCCAUGGCCGAGAACAACCGAAAACAAUGACUUUGUCCACCUCUGCUGAUCUUGCCAUAUGUCCGUUAUCUCCUUGAGGGUCAGAGAUUUUUUUGAAGCCAUAGAGGAUCAUGUGAUCCCUCAGGUGAAGUUAAAACUUGACAAUCCACCAAAGUUGGAGGUUUACCCUGAAGCUUGUUUCCUGCCUGUUGAAGCUCCGCCCCCUGUGCCUUAUGUUUGGCUGCCUGUCUGAGUGUUUUGGUUUUUUUUACUGUUUGUAAAGUGGUCCAAAGCCAGUGCCCCCACCCAAACACAGCCUCUGGAGAUCCUCUGUGGGUCAGAAACCUGCCAUACUGUAUGUACAUGUGCCCCAAAAAACAGUGUUUUCCACUCACGGUCUUCCUCUCUGUGAUACCAACAGUGUUUGAGCAACUCAGCUGUCAUGAAUAAAAAUAACUUCAACAUGGAGCAUUUGUUCCUCUCAGUAGGGGAAGAAGAGCUGUAGUAGUGUAGGAACCCUUCAAUGUUAGCAGAUCAGGGACUCGCAUAGUCCUUUGAUUCCCCUGCAGGAACUUAACAAAUCAUAACCAGUUUUAAAAUGUUUCCAUUGUCUCUGGUUCUGCUUUUGUUUCCACUGUUCUCCGCUCGCUUGGAGGACGAGUUCCUGGAGCUGAAUCUGGGCUCCGCUCAGAAGGUGAUACUAAGUCCAAGUUCAGGUACUCUCAGGUGUUGGCGAAACACAAGAACAGUAACCACCAUUUCACUGCUGCGUCUGUAUGAAGCAGGACAACCUGUACUGAAGAACAGUGGAGAACUCGUGUUGGACAAACCAACAGGCCUCAUUAAUGUCUGUGGAGAGGAGGCCAUUCAGAGGCAGCCAGAGUUACAACUACAGGAAAACUACUACUGGGCGCCAUUUUGGGCCACUGGACGGUCUGGUGUCUGUGUUGUGUUUAAGUUUGCUUCCCCUUGGGGCACAAUGGUAGCUCACCUGGUGGAGCUGCAUGUCAUCCCCUCUCUCACUCCCACAUGUCCUGUCUAUCUCUUCAGCUGUCAAAUAAAAGCACAAAUGCCCAAAAAAUAAUCUUGAAAAAAAGGUUUGCUUCCCUUUUGAGAGGUCUUGCUGUGGUGCAGUUCUCUGAGGUUGUGGUUAUGGCUUAGGUUUGGUUAUAAUAAGGCUUUGCCCGGAUGACUGGUUGGAUAUAGGGUUGGGUUCAGGUUAACGUAAGGUCUCACGUGCUGCUGAUAGCGAGAAACUCUUUGUUGAGAGCGAUGACAACGAAUAAUGAAGCUGGAUUCAUACGUCUGCGUUAAGGGUUUCCGUCGUACCCACUGCAGCUACAUGUGCAGUCUCCAAGGUAACGCCGUAGCUGACGUGUUCCUCCUCAGACAUGUAGCGACACAUCGGGGCGUCGACGGAGACGCCACGUGGAAAAUGUAAGAGCUGUGAUUGGCUGCUUGUGUUCAUGAUGGAGUUUGUUGAGUGAAGACGACAUGAAGGAGGUUAAAGACUCAGCGGUUUUCUCCUCUUCAGUAACAAACAUGUCACAAAGCGAUGACGCUGCAGAGCUUCGCCUGCGCUGAACGAAAACACGGCGGCCACACGGCGCUCGUCUCCUGUUCAGACAGAAAUAAUGAGUUACCUGAUGCGACUCGAUGAAUCUGCGUCCAGCUCGGCGUCACAAAGUCAAUGACAGAAUGUAAACACAGUGGCUGAAUAUAAAGCAGCACGCCGAUCACUUACAACACGAGUCCAGUGUGGAGCUGGGAUCUGAUGCUCGGCUAUGAAUCCAACCUGCAGCAGGACUCCUGUUGACCCUCGUGUCCACUAUAAAUCCAGCUUAACCCUCAUCCCUGAAAUAUAUUGGUUUAGUUUUUGUCUACCUUCAUGUUAACCUAAAGGAACUGAAACCGGUCCCACCACCCAGUUGAGGAAAGGGACACGACGGGAUACGAGUCGGACUCUUAAGGCCCACAUCCUGUCUUUGGUGCAGCAGCUGUUGGCGCUCAGUACAGUUACGGCCUGUUAGUGGCCGGUUAGUGUGUAGCAGCAAGGCCCUGUGCCGUGACAAAGGGGACAAACGAACCAACGGGGAAACGGACUUCGACACAACACCGACCCCAGAAAUGCUCUGGAUGCUCUGUUGCUGUAAUAACUUGUAUCUGAUAUUCAGCACCAUUGUUGUCUGUCCAACUGCCACUGGCUUCCCAAUGUUGUUUUCACGGUCUGUUCGGUUGAACGUAUAUGUGAAACGGUUUGUAAAACACAGUGGAAACACAAGAAGAACCUCGUGCCAAAGACUCACAAGGUUCUUAAGAGUUCAGGUUCCGGGAAGAACCAGAUUACUGGUUCCUGCAGCGGAAAAAGACUCACACUUUCCUCUUGGACAGGGACAGGAUUCUGGAGUUGUCUAACAAACCUGUAAACCAGAUCAGAUGUAGUCCAGCCCUGAACUGGUUUACUGGUUAAAGUUGACUUUUGUGAUGGCACUUGUUUUUUUUAUAAGAGAUGAAGAGUGAGGAUGAUGAUGGUGAAGGUGUGCUGAGUGUUUUUUAACAGCUGUGUGCCUCUGCUUUUCCCUCUGAACAUUAAUAAAAUGAACUAAAGCA